AUUCACAUCGCUGCUGAAAACUGCUACAAGCUCCCAAGCGGGGCAUUUACCGGUGAGAUCAGGUAUGCCCAAAACCCUGCGGUAGUACUCGACAGAAUGUUUGUUUCAUUGACCACCCUAACGUAAAGGCAGCAAAACAUAUUUUUAUGAAGCCGGUACCUUUUGGGGUGUUUUAGAAUCACAGCAUUUAGAUUACAAGGCACAGUAAUUCCUUCCAGAAUGAAAUAAAUUGGCGACGCUAUUUAAGCAUAUUUUUACUUAAGUCUCACUGCGAUAAUUGUAAGCUGGAGACUUCUCGUCAUAAUUUAACCAGUUAUCUUGGAGAUUGCGUCAGUUGAACCGAUAUUCCCCGUUUAAUGAUUUAUGUGAAAAACCAGUGCCUAUAGGCAUGGUAAUACGAUCGAAUUUACAAAUUCAGCCGAACCGUUAGAUUCACAAUAAGAGGGUGCCAACAUACUUUGUAAAGAAAACGCUUGAUCGCACUGUUUCAGUUGAUUCAGCGUAAUGAAAAUGUUGCUAGCGGGCUAUCGACAUGCCCACUAAUUCUUUCCUAAAAGCUGACUGACACAAAAAGUAAAGGAACCGUUCCCCUUUACCAAACUGGCUGCAACUACUUCUUGUCCUAUUUUCCGAUCAACUAGAAAUAUUUCGAAAAUUUCGGCUGUUUUCGAUUUGGCCAUAGGCCUUUCCUAAGGUCGGAAAUCAGAACUAAGAUUCGUAGACUAUAUUUCUUUGAGUCGUGUACCUGUUUUUCUAAAUGAAACGUCGUACUGAACCUCAGAGUUGUUGAAAGUUCAUUUUCUUGUCUCACUUGCAUUGUAGCCCAGCUAUGAUUAAGGAUUGCGGUUGCCAGUGGGUAAUCUUGGGACAUUCUGAACGUCGUCAUAUUUUCGGCGAAUCCGAUGAGGUUUGUCAUAAGCUUUGUCUCUGCCUAAUUUAUAAGUUCUUUGAGGCACGAUUCGCCUCUUCAAUGUUCCUACUUCCGUCAGUCUUCCUCACUUGAAAACGCAAAUACCCUAACAAGUAUUGGUUGGGAUACUAAACAUAGGUCAACAUAGACAAGAAAUUAUGUGGCAGCCCGACUAGUGAGCCUAAAAUGUAUGUAAUGCACAAUACUUAGUUUAACUCUAAGGAAAUCAAUCAAAGGUGGUCGCGUUGACUUCUUCACCUUGUAAGUGACAAACGCAGAAAGUAGCAGUCUAUUCGGUUUGGACCGCUAACGCCUAAAUGUUGCCUCCACGCUACGCCCAGAUAUUAAUUGUGUACUUGUCACGCUUAACGUUUAAUAACAUUUUAGGUGAAGAUAACGCCCAUAGUUUCGGCCUAGAGUGUUUGUUGUUACUUAUACCUACUUUUGCAUGGUAAACGUAAUCCGAAAGUACUUUUAAACCUAACUUUUACACUUGUUUCGUUUGUCAUCUAUACAUCUGGGUGUCAUACAGCUCGUUUCAUAGACUUUAGCAUGCAUGCCUGCUGUGGACUGUUUUGGUAGUUGAUCUUUCAAAUUGCCUCUUAGCUGUUUUGUUUUUUUCACUUAAGCUCAUCGGUGAAAAGGUUAAGCAUUCCCUGGAGGCAGGUCUUAGCGUGAUUCCAUGUAUUGGCGAGGUUCUGGAAGAGCGGGAGGCUGGAAAGACCAAUGAAGUUUGUUUCAGACAAAUGGCGGCCAUCGCAAGUACGCUUUUUUACUUUUUUGUAGCUAAAUAGAUGCUUGUUUCCACGUCACGCCUGCUUCUUGUUUCUACCUUUGUGAGUGAGAUUGUAUUAAUUGGCGGCCACUUAAGAUUGUUAGUCGCGCCCUAUUUCAUUGACUUCAAGUAGAGUUGUGGCAGUUAGAUCUGAUUGUGACCAGAUUUAAUUGGCGCACUUUUAAAAGUCUUUUUACCAAUUCUUCUCCUGCAAUUUUUUUAUCUACGUUCCGGUGGGAAUGACAUUUUUCCCAUUAUUUUUCGUAGACUUAGACGCUGGCUCAGGGCCGAAGGCACGCGUGAAACGGUAUAGGCUCUUUUAUUGGUUUAAAAAUCAAGUUUGCACAAAGAUAAGAGGCAACUUAUGAGUCGGAAAGAAAGGUCUAGUGUCUGCCUGUUCCCGUAUUAAGCAGAUUUGCGCAGGCUUGACUGUCAUUUAGCAUUCUAAAUUCUACUCAGUUCACAUAUUAUACCUCGGUCUACGGUUUUCCGAAGCAGAUGAAGUCUGGCUUCUGUAAACAGUUUCAACGUCGGCACUGGCAAGGUCCUUUUUAUCUUUUUCUGCUUAGGGUCGUCCUCCCAUGUUCGUUCGUUGGCUUCUAGGUCUUUUAUAUUUUAAAUGACCGCUUCUCGUCAUUUCAAUUCGUCUUCAUUCCCACCCACUUCGUUUCAAGUAUUAAUGUGAUGUUUUCCCCAACUGUUUUGUCUCAUGCAGUCAAUAACCAAUCAGUUAUAGUUAAAUUCCGUCUUCCAAGUAAUGUCUACCCUCUUUCACUGUUAACUUGUAAGAUCUUACCGCCAGGGUUCAUCUUUGUUAACACUGCCUCCCGGCAGGUUUCGGAAUUAUUUUUCGCGGUUUCUCGACCUCAGUUUUUCUAUUGCAAAGAAAGUUGGGAUGUCAAACAAGGGAUAGCCGAAAUCGUUCCCAAUCUCUCCAAUUUCAUUUGACCCCGUGCAUUGUCUCCCUUAUCAGAGAAUAUAAGUGGAGCCCAGUGGGAUCGUGUUGUCAUCGCGUACGAACCUGUUUGGGCUAUUGGCACCGGGAAGACGGCCACCCCCGCUCAGGCACAAGAAGUUCACAAGGCCGUUCGUGAUUGGAUUCGUGACCAUGUUGACUCCAGUGUCGCUAAUAAAGUCAGGAUUCUGUAUGGCGGUGAGUGACUGACCCAGUCUUCGUUCAAAUCCCCUCUAGAGUCUUUUUUCAGUGAAAAUUAACUUUGUUCAUAGCAUGGAGGGGAAAUUAAUAUAUUAUGAUCUGCUGCCUUUUUAAAAUGUUGAUAGGCUGGCAAACUCUGACCAAUAAUUGCUACGACACGGUUUUUUUUCUUGCAUUUUAUGCAGACGAAGUUAUCGUCAGUGGAUUAUCUUGAUACCAUGCACCCCCCACCCGCCUGAUUCUUGUUGACAGAUCUUGUUUCCUCCAUUUUCUGAAAACUUAGGUUCGGUGAACGCGGGUAAUGCAAAGGAACUUGGAAGUCAGCCGGAUGUUGAUGGUUUCUUGGUUGGCGGUGCUUCCCUGAAGCCAGAAUUUGUUAAUAUCAUCAACGCGAGACGAUAA